GAGUAAACUACUUUUCAGCUGAUCUGAGCGUAUAAAAGUCACCCGGAAAUCUUUUAUUUUUACGUAUUUAGAUGAUUUUGUUUUCUUGAAACAAUGGAGUGAUGGGUGCUGGUGCUGGAAAGAACCCAGUAGUUGGUGUGCCACUGAAUCCUCGAGUCGAAUUGGCAGACAAAGAAAGCAAGAAAGCUGGCGGGGGAGAGAGUGUUUUAAUAGAUGCCCCAGCUCUGAUAGACCUUGGUCACGGCACAGUCAGAUACAGACGAAAUGAAGAUCAAAAGGAGAAACACGAGACGGCAGACCAGGAUGUAACCGUCAAUAAGAAGGGAUACUUCUAUCAUUCUCGUUUGGAUGAUUAUAGUGAAGCUGCCAUUGCUAGAAAAGACGACAAGUACAAGUUCCGCUAUGUUUACAAGGGUGCCCCGAGCACGCGGGGGAAGAAACUCUUCUAUGUCUAUGGGAUUGGCAUGAACUCCAAGGAUGCAAGGUCAAAGGUCACCAAGCAAUACAAACCAAAGGGCAAAGGUUACAUCUGGCCAAGCUCUUUCAGGAAUCCAGCUCACUUUUACUAUGAAUUAGUUUUCAAGGAACAGGAAGAAGAAAUAGAAGAAUCAGAAGAAGAAUCAACUGACGUCCAAAGCAAAGUAGAUCCUGAAAAGAUGACAUUCCAGUUAAAGGACAGUGAUACAGUAGAGGUAUUGAAGAAGAGAGCAGCCAUCAGACUUCUUACACCGUUCUCUAAUCUUCACAUCAGUCAUAAAGAUGAUGAGUUAGGGAACGCAGAUAACAUUGGCAAGCGUCGGACAGAAGAGCAGGGAGAGUUUGAGAGGUUCGUUGUCGAGCUUCAAAGAGUAUGAUGCAACAUAAUCAUCUGUUUGUGGGUCAGAAUAUUAAAUGCGUCACAAGGGAGGUGAAUUAUAGACUUGAGG